AUGAAGAAUGAAGAGGGUUACACAGAACUUCAUUUCAAAGCAAGAAAGAAAAGCUCCAAUGCAGAAGUUCCGUCUAAUUCUUCAGGCUUGCGGUAUGUUGCUGCUCUCUCAGGAUUUCUGAAUGUUGUAUUUCUGGGAGCUGUGAUCACAUUAAUUCAGCAGUGUGACUUGCUAUCAAGUGACAUGUGGAAGCCCAGAGAAAAUCUUUCUGAAAGUGACAGUAUCUUUGAGGAAGAUCUUCAUGAAAACAGCUUACUGACUGCGUUAAAGGAAAGCUUAUGCAUGCAUACAAACGACUCCAGAUGUGAACUCUGCCCCAUUGGCUGGAAGCUGCAUUAUGGGAGAUGUUAUUUCUACUCAGAAACUCGUGACACCUGGGAGAAUAGUAGAAAGUAUUGCUCCGGAAAAAAAUCUCAGCUCCUGAUUAUAGAGGAUGAGACUGAAAUGGAUUUCUUGAACAAACAAAAGGAUAAAGACAUUGGCUUUGUUUGGACUGGAUUAAGCUUUGAUGAGGAAGAAGGAAGAUGGAUAUGGCUCAAUGAUCCCAAACAUCCAGGGCGCAGUUUUACAAUAAAAGGAAGGAAGAAUGAAGAAAAAUGUGCUGCCUAUAAGUUGACAGAAAUGCAUGCUGAUAACUGCCACUCCCUAUACAAGUGGAUUUGCAAGAGGAGUGCAGUCCGACUGGGUAUCUAA